AAGCCAUGUUUUGUAAUACAUACGCCUUCUUUAUAUACUUAGUUCCUACAAAUUGUAAAUCUACAUAAAUCUGUCAUGUUUUAACAUAUGUCAAGUUAUUUUUUCAUUUGUGUUUUAAGAAAUGGAACUUGUUAAAGGCGCUCUGAGAAGGCUGUCGACGGGACUUCCAACAUACCAAAAACUAAGACCAACUGCACAGAAAUUUUGUAAUUUUAAUACCACUAAAAAUUCCAGUAAUUUUUUUCCCAAAUCAAAACCUAGUUUAAUAUGUGGACAGACAUUUCCUCACUACGAUUUUAAUAAAACCAUUAAUAAUGAUUUUAGUCAAAACUAUUAUAAACAGUUUCACACAAAGAAAUUUGCAAAAGAUCGAGCUUCCCUUUUAAAAGCAUUUGUUAUAGGAGGCGCUUUUGUAGGAUCGGUGACCUAUUUUCUUGGUAAAGCCACUAACAAAGUAGUACUUGGUGAAUAUGAUGAAGAUUUACCUUGCUACACAGCUGAGGACGUAGCAAAACAUAAAACGAGGAAAGCUGGAGUGUGGGUAUCAUACAACCGAGGAGUAUACGAUAUCACUGAUUAUCUUAAUAAAAAUCCUGAACAUACCCUGCAAAUCUCAGCAGGUGGACCAGUGCAUAGAUUCUCAACAGCCAAAGAAAACUAUGAUGCAGAUUCCCUUGAAUUUUUAGAAAAAUAUCGUAUAGGAAAUUUAAAAUUGUCACCUCCUACCCCCAAAAAAGUUUGCUACGCCCCACCAGCGGGCCUCCCUUUCGAUAAUGAACCUACAAGAGAUCCAAGACUAAUUCCGGUCACUGAGAGGCCAUUUAAUGGAGGACCUAAGUCAUCUUUACUUGUAGAAGAUUUUUAUACGCCAAAUGAUAUAUUUUAUAUAAGAAACCAUCUACCAGUACCUAAAGUAAGUGCGGCAGAUUUCAAACUAAAAAUCGACGUUGAAGGUGGAAGUUCAAAGACUUUUAGUUUAGACGAAAUAAAGCAACUACCACAUCGAACCGUUACAAUUACAGCUCAAUGUGGAGGACUGCGAAGACAUGAAAUGACGGAGAAGCUGAAAAAAGAUACUCAAGGUGUAAAGUGGGAAAUAAACGGUGUAAGUAACGCAACGUGGACUGGUGUAGCUAUGAUAGAUGUAUUAAAAGCAGCUGGUUAUAACGAGGAGACACAUUGCGAUCUGGAGCAUCUUCAGUUUACUAGUUAUCAUUCAGCAGGAGGCCCAUACGUAACCGGAGUUCCUAUUCAACGAGUUUUAAAUCCAAAGAAUAACAUCAUGCUAUGUUGGGAAAUGAACGGCCAAGAGCUGACACCAGAUCAUGGGUAUCCGUUAAGAGUUAUAGUUCCUGGAGUUAUUGGCGCAAGAUGGGUGAAACAAAUAGAGAAAAUUGAAGUUCGGAAAGAAGAAUGCCAGGCACAUUGGCAUCAACAGCUCUACAAAUAUUUUGGUCCUUAUGUAACCCUGGAAAAUGUGGAUUAUUCAUCGUUAUCACCUGUACAAGAACUACCAGUCAUGUCAGCUAUAUUAAGCCCUUCAGAUCAAGAAACUGUUGUUAUGUCAGGAAAUAAAGUACUGCCAGUAAAAGGUUUUGCAUACUCGGGAGGAGGGUGUAAAAUUGUUAGAGUGGAAGUUAGUAAUAACAGAGGAAAAACGUGGAUGCCAGCCAAACUAGUCCAUACGGGAUCAGAUCCUGUUCCGUAUCAUUUUACUUGGGCUCUUUGGUCAUGUGAUGUCCCUACAGAUGGAAAGAGAUGUGUACGUAAUUUUAUACUAAUUUUUUUUGGUAAAAGAUUGAAGUAUGGGUGAAAGCUACUGAUUCAUCAGGUAAUGUCCAACCAGAAUGCUGGGAACCCAUUUACAACAUUCGAGGUGUGGCAUGUACAGCCUGGCAUAACAUCAGAGUAAACCUGAAAUGAAGUAUUUUUUUUAAUAAAUUUAUAUUGACCAAUUA